GGCGAGCGGCGCUUUCGACGGGGCGGUGCAGGGCCGCCGGCGUCGGGCAGGGGCUGCGAUACCCGGCGCCGCGCCGCGGGCAGGGGAGCGAGAGCGCCGGGGCCGGGGUGGCUGGAGCUGAGCGCCCUUGGCUGCUCCGCAGGGCGCCCGGCCUGGGCCUGCUGUCAGCGUCCGACUUGCUGCCGGUGCGGCCUGCGCGGCGGCCCGGCCCGCCCCACCCUACCCUACCGUGCGGGCGCGGGGAGCAGCUGGGAGGCAGACCGGAGAAGAUGAGCGAGGCUGCGCUGCUUCCAGGCGGUGAUCGAGAGCGACCUCAAGACUAAUGCAGAAAAUCAACAAGAACGUGGUCCUGGCUCUCCUGUCUCUGACCAGCCUGGUUUUCCUCCUUUUCCAGUUGUACUAUUACAAGUUCUACCUGUCGCAGAAGAAUGGAGCAGUUUUCUCCAAAGUCAGAGGAAGCCAGCCAGGCCAAGACAGCACUAGAUGGUAUGUGGUUAGGAAGUUCCUAGGCUUAAUAUCCAGUCACAAUAUACCAGUGUAUUUGAUCGAUCCUUUGAUCCUGGGACUGGUUGAUAAAGACAUUGAACAGAUCAGAAAUUCUCCUGAUGGCCCUAGUCCAGAAUGCAAAUACUUUUGUGCUCCAAGGGACUUUACUACUUUUGCUCUACUGGAUAAAACAUGGAAACAUGAAGUCGGCCUUUUUAGAGCUGCUGAGAAAAUGGGGUUCCAAUGGUUAAAGAUCAUAAACAAGGACCCCCGCCUGGAUGGGAUGGAUGACCUGUCAGGGAUUGAAAUUCCCUUGCACUACAUAUUUAAAAUGUCAUCUCAUGCAAUUCACCUGGUAGUGUUCUAUGAGAGAAGCGGUAAUUAUCUCUGGCAUGGCCCCCUGAGGCUCAAGCAGCAUAUGGACAGAAAGUUUGUGUCUUUCAGGAAACUCCACUUCGGUCACUACCCUGGAGCAUAUGAAAAACCAGAACUACUUCUUGUUUCCAUUGAUGACUUAAAAGUUCAAAUUCCAAAAAAUCCAUCCAGUUUUCUAGAGGAGAUGUCACACUCUAGAUUUCUUGAAUGUAGAUACAGAGAAGCUCGGGCUUUCUUUCAGCUGUAUCCUGAUGAUACCUCUCUUGAUGCAGUGGAGUUCAGGAAAAAAGCAAAAUCCUUGCUCCACCUGGCUGCCCUGACACUGAAUAACUUGGGAGUAAAGUUCUGGUUGAGCAGUGGAACGUGCCUUGGCUGGUAUAGGCAGUGCAAUGUUAUUCCUCACAGCAAAGAUGUGGAUUUAGGAGUCUUUAUAAGGGACUAUAAAGCAGAUAUCAUUCCAGCCUUUCAGAAAGCAGGAUUACCGCUGAAGCACAAAUUUGGCAAGGUAGAAGACAGCUUGGAGCUCUCUUUCCAGGGUGAAGAUGAUGUGAAACUUGACAUAUUUUUCUUCUAUGAAGAGGAUGACCAUAUAUGGAAUGGAGGAACUCAGGCCAAAUCUGGCAAGAAAUUUAAGUAUCUUUUUCCAAAGUUUACUCUGUGUUGGACUGAAUUUGUAGAACUCAAGGUACAUGUGCCCUGUGAAGCCCUUCAGUAUGUUGAAGCCAACUAUGGCCCAGACUGGAAGGUUCCUGUGAAGACAUGGGACUGGAAGAGCUCACCAUCAAAUGUGCAGUACAAUGGUGUCUGGCCUGUUGAUGAGUGGGACGAUGUCAUUCAGAUCUACUGAUCACUUGCUUCCUGGUAGAGCAUGCCUGACAUCCUUGAAGCUGUAUCUUUGUAAUUCCCUGUUUCCCAGGGGCAUCAAGAUCAGUUCUUUGUGUAAUUUCUCUUUCAUUUCCAAAGGAGACAUUUACCUUAUUUUAUUUAACAGGUGGGUUUUUUUCACCUUUGUUGAGCAUUUUCCAGGUGGUUAAAGGAAGAGAUGCAAGGCAGCUGAAGAGAGGGAAAGCUGAAAGAGAAGCUGCACAAAGGGAAUAGAGAAGAAAUGUUGCAUAAGCUUAACAGGCAGUUAGCUGUUUAAAUGUGAACAGUGGCCAGGUGGCUUAGACUUUACUGGGAUCAUCAAAACCUUGGCAAUGUCUGGCUUAGAAGGAGGAUAGGAUGGAAAAAAUCCCAGAGAGGUUCCUUUGUUUUCAGAGGAGGUCUUGUGAAUAUUCAACUGUUAAACACCAGAGCUGUGAGUACCUCAAAAUGUGCUUAAUUUGAGACUGAUACACUACUGCGAUACACAACAGGUUGUUCUUGUGAGUGGAAUAUAUCUGGUACACAGAAUUCCUGUGACUCACCUGCUCUGUAUGUCAGAGAUGUUGGGUAACGGUGUCAUACUAAAUGACUGGAAGGAGAAACAGUCCACCUCAGACAUCUUCCAGUAACAGUUGGGGUGGGUUUGUGGACUAACCACUGCAUGCAAUUGUGGCAGAAUGUUAUCUGCUCUUUUUUUUUUUUUUUUUUUUUAAAUCUUUCUCUUCUUAGAACGUAAAGGGGUAUAACACAGGGAUGUCUUUCCCAUGAAAAAAACCCACUCUGGUUUUGAUGUGCUGGAUAAUGUGUUCUCAAUGUACAUGUUUUGACUAGGUUUUAGAAAAUUAUAGCUAUCCCUGCUUUCUUUUAAGUAGAUAGAAAUGAAGCUAUUGAUAGUUUUGUGUCUAAUGUGGGCUCACAGAACAGAUAUCUCAGAGAAUUGCAGCCCUUUUCUCUAAGUGUAAGCAGAAAUGUGUGCAAAUGCCAACUGUUCCAUCAAAAAAGCAUAAUGGCAAGUGAAGUGCUAGUGUGACAUUAGCCUUUGGAUAGGAAGGAAGUGGAAGCCUGACAGCUCUUUCUCCUGCUUCUGCUUGCCCUUUUGAUCCGUGAGGUAAGCUUCUCUGUCAGUAUUUUGGAGAUGGAUAGUAGCUUCCAAGUAUAGUUUCCAGUAGUGUCCAAGUUUGUUGCAGUCCUGCUAUGCUGGAAAGACAAGGGCACUAAAGCCAGUAGUGAGCUAUGACCAGAACAUGCAGUACAGAACCGGGAGCACUUGCAGACCAAUGUUGAGGUACCAAAUGGAGCUCAUGUUUACUUGCAGCAAACCUGUGUCUCUUCUUUCCUUGCUAAAGCAGAGAGACUGUUUGCGGGUCACAGCUUUUCCACCUUUCACUGGUUAGAAGAAAGUUGAGUCUGCAUUCUGUUGAUCUAUGGGUUUUGGCUUUGUGGUUUCAAAUGUGUACAGUUCUGGAGAGAAGCAGUAGCCACUGCCAUGCAGCAGUGCUUUGGCUGCUGUAUCAUAGGUUCCAGGUACAUUCGGGCGCUUCCCUUCCUGCUGUUUUUUGUCCUGAUGUGUGCUGUGUGGCUUUUCCUGACAGUCUUCUCAGUUCCAGCGGUCUCCUGCCGCUGAAGCAUGGACGUAUAUUAUUCAGCUCCUGGCAACUGCUCCUCAUGAGGGCUCUUCAGUUGGUGUGGUAACUCUGUUAGCUUUGACUAACUAAGAGAUGUAAAGUCUUGCUAAUGCUGUUUAUUCAGUAAAGUAAAUGUUACAUCGUAAGGGGUAAUUUCUCAGGUAGCAUUUUUUGUAUUUUUUUCCUUAAAACAGAAAAAAGCCAAUGUCUGUAUGGUUUUUGUGUUUGGAACAUUGUGAAAUUUUUUUGGUUAAUAACGUACAGUAAGCCUGAUGUGAUGGAUAUUUAAGAGUGAAAGAGGAGAUACUAUCAGAAGAUUAUAAUCCUGUCAAUUUUUUUACUUUGUAGAUGGAAAGGCUAAUGGAAAAAAAACGCAUGACCUUGAAAGGGAGAAUGUCUUAGUUGAUUAUACCGGUUGAGUUAUUCUUCAGGUUAAGACAUUUUCUCUUCUGAAGAUAAAACUGUAUAUUUAACACUGAUUAAAAGAAGGAGAGUCUAACUCAUAACUUGAUAUAUAGUCUUAUCCUUUUGUCGUCAUGGGCUGCAUUUAGCACACUUCACUGCAGUUACUGUGACUAGUGCACGGUGAAAAAAAAUGAAACUGUUUCUUAUGCUGCUUAUUGACUGUCUACCUUGAGCUCUUAUAUUCUAAUAAAGAUACUUGGACACAGAAAAAAUACUUGGAAUAAGGCAGGUACCCAUAUGCACAAAAAUGAUUCUGCCGUUGUACAAACACAUUGCACUUAAGCAGUACCUUGACUGCAGAUGUCCUACAGUUUGUAUCCCAAGGAUGCAAAUGUUGUAGAACUGAUGUUCUUUGGAGGCACACCAUAUGACUGAAGCCUCAUCAUUCCCCCUGGCAACACACAGAAUUAGGCAUUUGUUAGGUUCUCCUGAAUAGCAUUGUCUGCAAUGAGUGCUUAAUUCUGUUUUAGCUUCCUAACUUACUAACUUACUUCAUUUCAAAAGUGCUUUGGAGCAGAGGGCAAUUUCUAAAUUCCCUUCAAGGCAUUUAAGGUCUUAAGCAACACCAUCCAAAUCCCUUGACUUUUUUUUUUAUGGCAAACAGAGCAUGUCACAAAUGUGGAACUAUUAAAGGUAGCAGAGCCUAUUCAAAGAAUACCCAUAACUGAGAUGAGGCUAGGAAGGUGUUCAAAGCUCUGCAGUAACUGCAAAGAAAUAGGAUUGUCUGAAGAGAAGGAACUGUAAAGGAACCCUUUUCAAAAGCCAUAAAAGAUGUUUACAAAAAGGAAGGCAUUUUUAUACUCCCUUUCCAUGAUUGGCAGGAAGAGAGGCAAAUGAGAGCACAGGAAGGUCACCUGUGGAGGUAGUUCCUCUUUUCCAUGAUUCAGUAGUAGUUUUCAAUAACUCUGGCAGCUCUUCAGAAGGAUAUGUCGGAGCCAAACAGGUGGUGGAACAAUCUUGCAGUUCACACACAGAACAGAGUGCUUGGCCCUGCAGGGCAGUGAGUGUCUGAAGGAGAUGCUGCUGCUUUCAAUCUAUCUGGAAGGAAUCUUCUGAUAGAAGAAAGGCCUGUGUAUUUUCCAUCCCGCUGUUCUUUUAAAGUCAGAAAUGGAAGGUAGACAAAAAACAGUGAUGAUACAGAUAAGUGAGGGUCCUGAAAAUAGGAUCUUUCUUUGCUGUCCAAAUGAAAAAGUAGUUGGUUUUGUUACACUGUCUCUCUUGAAUCUGUGAGAUGCUAGUUUUGGGUGUUACAAGCAAAUGGUUUGCAUAGUUUGCUGUGCUAGAAUUCUCAACCUUCAUCUUAGGUCAUGAAGUCUGUCAAGAGAAGAAUGGGGUGAGAGCUUUCUCCUUCAAAAAUAAAAAGAAGAAGAGACAAUGAAGUUUUAUUCUUAAAGGAGGAAAACUAAUGCUUCUGUGGUUGUGCCUUUUUUC